AACUGAAAACAAUCUGAGUUACAUUUCCUCCUCGGGACAUUAAUCACAGACGGACCAGUCAGUGACUGCAGAACAGCGACUUGCCCUUAAACUCGCAUACAGUGGAAAUAACCUUUGAUAUUUCAAUUAAAUAACUCGUUUUGAAUCCAUAAGGACAUAUAAGCUUCACCAUGUCUCUUGCGGCAGAGGCUUUCGUGUCGCAGAUGGCAGCUGCUGAGCCAUGGCCUGAAUCUGCCACCUUAUACCAACCACUGAAGGAGGAUCAGAUUCUGCUGUCAGACUGCGCUUCAUCUCUUGCUGUUCAGGCAUACCUCAGGAUGUGUGGUCUACCUGUGCAGGUGGUUUGCAAAUCAAAUGCUGAAUACAUGUCUCCCUCUGGUAAGAUUCCUUUUAUCCACGUAGGAAACCAGGUGGUGUCAGAGCUGGGGCCGAUUGUGCAGUUCACUAAAGCUAAGGGUAAUUCUCUGAGCGAUGGAUUAGAUGAUGUUCAGAGAGCUGAAAUGAAAGCGUACAUGGAGCUCGUCAACAACAUGCUGCUCACUGCUGAGUUAUACAUCCAGUGGUGCGAUGACGCUACAGCUGCAGAGAUCUCCCGCCCCAGGUACAGCAGUCCUUACUCGUGGCCUCUCAGUAACAUCCUGGCCUAUCAGAAGCAGUGGGAGGUCCGCAGGAAGAUGAACGCCAUCGGCUGGGGAGGGAAAACCCUGGAGCAGGUGUAUGAGGAUGUGACUCAGUGCUGCCAGGCUCUCUCCCAGAGGCUUGGAACACAACCGUUCUUCUUUAAUAAACAACCCACAGAGCUGGACGCGCUGGUGUUCGGUCACCUCUUCACCAUCCUGACCACCAGACUGACCAGCACGGAGCUUGCCGAGCGGAUCAAGAGCUACAGUAACCUGCUGUCGUUCUGCCGGCGCAUCGAGCAGACGUACUUUGAAGACAAGAGCUCCUGAAGGAAGGAGCAUUAUUCAUCUCUGCUUCAUCUCCUCCUGUACAGUCAUUCCCUUCCUGUAGCACUGAGAGGCUAAACACUGCUCGUAUUCACACACACACGUGUCCCUUUGUGACUCACGCUUUCAUUCUCCUUUUUGUGCCGUGCUUGUACAUUGUUGCAUGCUGCUGAUGGGACUAAUGUUUCCACUGCACAUAGAUAGAUAUAUCUUAAAGUAGAUAAGUUGAGGCCAUCUUAAAGCAACCUAAAGGACAUUAUUUAUCAUUCUUAUGGGUAUUAUAAGACACAUAUAUAUAUAUAUAUAUAUAUAUAUGUAAAAUAGAUGUUUUCAAGUUAAACACAGAAGAAAAAAUGUAAGAAAACACUUCCUGAUUUGCAUAACUCUUUUAGUUGAACGUUAAGACACUAGUUUCACAUUUCAACCCAAGGCAAUUCAAAGUGCUUCACAAAAAAUACAUUAAAAGCAAUAGGAUUUAGAAACACGGAUAAAAUAACAUGUAAAAAUGUUAAAAAGGUAACACAACACAAAUCAAAAGGAGCUCAAAUAGAAUAAGACAGGUAUAAAAUACAAGAAUAAAGGAAGGUGAGUGGUCAACAGCCUUUACAUUUUUUGGUAUUAUGGUAAUUAAAUAAGAAUCAUAUGAUUGCAACAAGAAAUCAGGAAUUUCCAAAACUAGCUGACAUCUUUCCAUGCUCUCAUAGUGUGUUGCACAGAAACAGCGUCUACACUAACUUGUAUUAUAGUAUACCCUCAGACUCAGAGAGGUUAAAUCUACAGCUGUGUUUAGUAGCUUGUAAGAAACACGAGGCAGUGUUGCUUUCUGUACAAAAAAAAGGACAUAAUGAUGAAGAUUUUUUUUUUUCCACCAUUGUUUUCUUUGUGUGAAUUGAAAGUGCCUACAGAAUAAAAUACAUAACAUUUAACACAGAA